CUGGGGACGUCAGGACUGUCGCUGACCGCGUCGUGAGUCCGGGAUCUCCACCGGAGCUGAGCGGAUGCCGAGUGUGCCGCUGCUCCGACGCCUGGUCCCCAUGGCCACCCGCUUCUGUUCGGCCCGGGGCAGCGCGGGAUCGGUGACCGUCGGCCCGGUCGAGGCUGCCAUCCGCACGAAGCUGGAACAAGCCCUGAGCCCCGAGGUGCUGGAGCUGCGUAACGAGAGCGGCGGCCACGCAGUCGCCCCGGGCAGCGAGACGCAUUUCCGCGUGGCCGUGGUGAGCUCUCGUUUCGAGGGACUGAGCCUCCUGCAACGGCACCGGCUGGUCCACGAGGCGCUGUCGGAGGAGCUGGCCGGGCCCGUCCACGCCCUAGCCAUCCAAGCCCGGACCCCCGGCCAGUGGAGGGAGAACCCUCAGUUGGACACUAGCCCUCCCUGCUUGGGUGGGAGCAAGAAAACUCGAGGAACCCCCUACCCCUAGGAGAUGGGGAGGACCCGGAUCUGAAUGGGCUGGGUGAGAAUGAACAACCUCAACACUUGGUUUGUAAUGAUGAGGACCCCUGGGCCCCAUUCAGUUGACACAUGUUCUCUAGUAAGCUUGUUGCGGGUCAACUUAACCUAAGGAGAAGCUGUCUACUUUUUCUAUGUGAAACUGUCCACAAGGAUUUGCACUGCUCCUGAUGAUUAAAACAUUAAAAGACAAGUUAUACCCUAUGAGGUAUGUUGCUGCAUAUUUAA